CUUUGUUAACACGGUUACCAUAACGCUCCACCACUGAGUGGAUCCCUACAUGCAUCACGCACAAACGCCUCAGAAGCUCGUGAUGGUCUUGAAAUCAAUGACGUGGGGACAAAUUCUGCCUCGUCUACAUGGAGAACGAUUAGAACCUGUUCUGGUAUUCCGUAAACUUUUUCUUUCAUUCGGAGUUUCAAUGCCCAUUGUGUUUCUGCUCCUUCAACUGUUACUGAUCUUCAAUGUAACCGCUGUCAACCCUGGUUGCGAGUGUCUGGUGUUCUCGGCCACGUACGGCAAGCAGUACGGAGCAUUCAGCAGUCCGGACUACCCUCACCCUUACCAAGACAACAUCAGCUGCCUGCUCUACACGUUCAUCGCUAGCCGAGACGAGAUCAUUGAGAUCACAUUCAAGGACUUCGACGUGCAGAAAUCGCAUCUAGACUGUGAGCGCGGUGAUUUCUUGAAACUCUUCCUUCAUCUGGACCGGGCCGAAGUAAACGAAUACACUCCUUGGUCAGGCCUUUUGUGCGGAGGGUUCACAGACAUACCCCACGUGCUCUACAGCUCGGGCCCCGGACUCGUUCUCGAGUUCCACACCGAUCGGAGAUCCAGUAACGCAUCGGGGUUCUUCGGUCACUUUCGGUUCAUUGACAGACGAAUGUUUCAGACGGACGGCCAGAAGUUGCCAGGCACGAUGUGCGAUCAUCAGUUUAUCAGCAGUAACUAUUCGCUCACACGCGGAAGGUUCUACUCACCCCGAUAUCCAUCAAGCUACCCCAAGAACAUCAAGUGUGCCUAUAGGUUUCGCGGAAGGUUAAAGGAAAGGAUCCGGAUCGUAUUUGAAGAAGUGACCUUACAGAAAGGCGAUUUGAGUUGCCUGAACCGUGCGGAUGUGAUCAAAGUAUAUGACGGCCGAAGUUCGUCUGCGCCUGCCAUAACAGUGUUAUGCAACGAGGCAUCGGAGCUUGAAGUCCUGUCCACCGGACCAGAUCUCUACAUAGAGUUCGUGGCCAACUCCGAAUGGCCUGGACAAGGCUUCAAGUCCAGCUUCCAGUUCCAGCCGAUAGACUCCAUCACUAGCGACAGUCCGUCAACAGAACCUGAACGAGUCAACAGUUCACCACAUCAUAAAGGGCCUGCCGCCAGCGCCACAAGUUCAGGAUCGUUUGCGGACUCUUGUAAACACUGUAAUGAACCUUUGAAUUUUAUAAAAGUCACAGAAUUUCGUGACUUAAUUGGCGUAGUAUUAGCUUCUCAAGAAAGACUCUGUUCCAUGCAGUUUAUUUAAUAGAUGAAGGCGGCGAUGUAAAUGCCAUUUCCAACAGCGACUCAUGACAAACAAAUUCCUUAACCUGCAUUGUAUCAAUUUCCUUUGUAAUAUUUGCUGGUCAUUCACUAAGGAUAUAUAUUCCUCUGGAGCGUCUGCUUUGUUCUGCAAAACCAUUUCCACCAUUGGAUUUAGGAUAAAUUCGAUAUACAGAAACCCGUGGUUCUUUGUUGUAAAUUUAAAUUUAAAUAUAAAAGUCCCCCUGUUCACAAUAAUAAUGCAUGGAGAAUUCACAAA